ACCUAGACUGAGAUGUUGGAACGACUAAAGAAAUUUGGACUGAAUCACUGCGACUUGCAGACCAUGAUUGCGAAUGUGUCUGUUUUCUUACGCCUACUUGUGAUUAAUAUUGAUAAACGAGAUAAAAACAAAAUUCCUUUGAUAUCUUACAUAGUGACAUUCGUAGCUUCAGCUUGCUACUUCUAUGUAUACAUUGUGUCCAUGGUUUGGUUCGUUUUCUGGCGUUGUGUGGAGACUGGUGACACCAUCGCUGGGAUCGUGGUCUUUUCACUUGGUAUAGCUAGUGAGAUCGCUACUUUUAAACUCUUGUAUAUGUAUAUGUACAGUGAAACUAUAAAGAACAUAGUCGCAGGUUAUAUUACCUUGGACAGUGAAGUGAUCCCAGGCAGUCGAAAAUCCUACUACUUGACUAAAUUUCUUAGAUCUGUGAAAAAACGGGCCAUUUUGUUUUGGUGUGUUAUCGUCAGUAAUGGUUGCGUGUACAUUGGAAAAGCUGUCCUGCUUCCUGGAAGGCAUUUCAUGGAGGACUCUUUUAUAUUUUUGGGACUUGAACCAAUGUUUGAGACGCCAAACUAUCAAAUUGCUUUUUUAGCCAAUACCAUGGGUGUUUUCUUUACGUGUUAUUUAACGUCGAGCAUAAGCGCAUUCUUCAUAAUAAUAGCUGGUUACACAGAAGCUCAAAUGUUGGCUAUUAGUGAAGAUCUUAUUCAUUUAUGGGAUGAUGCCAAUAAAGAUAUUCUUAAUACUAUUGAUCAGGAUGAAAGUGAAGCUUCUACAAGACAAGUUGAAGUAAACAAUAACGUAAACAAACGUUUAAUCGAAAUAAUUAAAUGCCACACAAUGAACAUAGAUUUAAUAAAAAGGAUCGAAAAUGUUUUCCAAGGAGCGAUAGCAGUAGAGUUUCUACUUUUAAUAGUGUCUUUAAUAGCAGAACUGCUGGGUGGUUUAGAGAAUACAUAUUUACAACUGCCAUUUGCAUUGAUGCAAGUUGCAAUGGACUGUAUAACAGGACAGAGGCUGAUGGAUUCCAGUUUAACGUUCGCUAUGGCAGUUUAUGACAGCAAGUGGGAGAAUUUUGAUGUAAAAAAUGCUAAAAUUGUUCUGCUGAUGUUACAAAAUGCACAGAAGACUUUGAAGCUGUCUGCGGGUGGUAUAACAAUGCUUAGUUUUGCUUGCCUCAUGUCGGUGUUAAGGUCUAUUUAUUCGGCUUAUACUACGCUCCGGAGUACCAUGAAUUAG